CGAUAUUCCAAGUAUUUGUCAUGUACGCUGUCUGAUGUUACUCGCACCGAGGACGGAAUUUAUUACAGCCUGAUCACUGACCUGACCUUAAAAGAGUUUAUUGUGGCACGAGCAGAUCACUGUGAAAGGAAUCAUCGUGUUUCAUGCAAGGAAUGCACCAACCUCACUGAUGCGGCAAAGCAAAUUGAUGAUAGUGGCAUUGUUCCCCUUAGGAGUCUGUUUGCAUCCCAUUUCCUGUCCCCAGGUGCCAAGUACCAGUCUGAUAAAGCCCUAAGACGAAUAUUGCAGCUGCCAGUUGCAAUAUUUCCAAUGGAAUUGCAAAAAGGUCAGAAAACGUUGUUUGUGACAGAGCUCAAUACAGCAGUUAACUAUGAAAAAUUAGGAGAAUUCCUCAAGACAGUGUCAGUGUCCACAGAUUGUAACACUCAAUUUCCCAUCAUUUCAAGGGAAACUUUAAAGAUUGUCUGCGACCUUGCUUCUUCUGAGAAGGACAAGAGGCUUAUUAAGUAUGCAGUGAGUUGUGGUGGUAACAUGUCGAGAGAAGCAGCUAAAAAGAAGUAUGGUAUAUCAGAUCUGACAUUGUUAAAGAACACUGUUGAAAAUGCUGUUGAACAGGCAAGGGAGAUUCGUGAUGCAGUAGAUCAUUUGUCAAAUGUAAAAGAGGACUGUAUCCUAGAAGAACUUGGUAUAUUAUGUGGUAAUGAUUCCAAAAGUGACAGUGACGAAAGUGAAUCAAGUGAAGAUGAAACGAGUGAAAAUGGCAGUGACGCAGACUGCCCCGGUGACGUGGAUAGUGAAAAUGAUGGUCAGAAUUCCAAUAUUCCACCCAACAGCAGUGCCUUAGAUCCUGAUGUCGUUAUGAAAGGAAUGGCCACAGUUUCCCCUGCACCAGGCAAUGAGCACCUCGUGAUGAUUCUCAGAGAAAACAAUCACAAUUGGUUUUCAUUUGUGGAGGAAUUGAAGAUGUUGCUUCACAUGUACACCCCUGAAGUCCUAAACCAGGUUCUUGUUGAUUUUGCAGCCUACCUGCCCUUCAGUGACUUGUCUGAUGAAGAAGAAAGACUAGUAGAACAAUCCCGGCAAGCAUUCUUAAUGACAGAGAGGAGAAGAGUAGCAAGAGAAGAUGAUGAUGUGGUGUCUGAUUCAGAGAGCGAUGAUCCAGAGGAUUGGGUGGAUGUGGGUGAAGGACUCACUGAGAAGAUGAAAUCACUUGUGGUAAAGGAAAAGAGAAAACAGAAGAAAAGGGAUAGGAGAAGGUUUCUAAAGCUGGUGACAGAGAAAAGUGUAUUGAAGAGAAGGGUUCCAAAACGUGCUUCAAAAUUACUUAAGCAAUUCCCUAACCUCGGGAAAGAUAUUGAAGAUUUCGUACAUGAAAAUCGAAUUGGGGCAGAUGCAUGGAGAAGAUCGGGUGUUGCCACCUUUGAUGGAAACGUUAAGAGUGGGCCUCGUGUGACAUACCGCAGAAUCAAAGAACACCUAGAAAGAAAGUAUCAGAGAAAGUUUAGUUAUGGGGCAAUCGUCCAGCUGUCUGUUGUCCGGAACAAAAGGCGCCAAUCUUCCAAACGCUAUUGGGGUGCAGCACAGAUAACUUGCAGAAGGGCUCGAAAAGGAUUUAACAUCAAGCUAAACCCAGAUGCACAUUGGAGUUCCUCCUUCUACAAAGGACUGGACAAGAUACAGUUAGAAGAUGGUAGAGACAAGUGUAUAAUCAAUCGUGACGACGCAGCUGGCUUCAGAUUAGACACCACAUAUACUCAUAAGCAGUAUAAGGCAAUCUCGGAUGCAAGUCAACAAGAAGUCACAACAAGAACGGACUAUGUCAACAAAUAUGCAUCCAUAUUACAAGUGACAUCGUAUCUAGUGCCAGGUACAAAAACAACUCCCCAAUACUCAGCGGGCAUUGUCAAAGCACACAUUGUGUACCCGAAAGAUCUAUCGCAGCACGCGGCAGAUGUUGUUAUGCUCGAGAAUGAACAGGAAUUCAAGCCCUGUAUGAAGAACAAGCCAAUAGAUUGCAUUCGAGUAGACGGUGCAGCUGAUGAAGGUCCGUCACAUAAAGAAGUGCAAUUUAUGUGGACCGAGCGACAUUUGGAACAGGAAAAAGUGUGCACCUUGGUCACCACCUGCUGCAGUGGCUCGUCAUACCUGAACAGAGUUGAGCUUCAAAAUGGAUGUUUGUGUGUAGCCCAUGGAAACAUCUUCAUUCCGUCAACCAUUCAUGGCUCCAACUUUGGAAAGAGUGGGUCAAUUGAUUAUGAAAAACUUGAAAGAAAUCUUGAUGCUGCUACGGAUGUUUAUAUCAGCAAGUGUAAUAAUGCGCCAUUUGGAAACUCAUCCAUAAGGCUUUUUAAGGGCAAUAGGAAUGAUCUUGCAAGAAAUUACAAAAGCAGACGGCCUCACCUUCUUGCAUUUUUGAAGGGUUCACAGCAGAGCAAAAGAAAACUCAAGGAAGAAAACCCAGCCCUUUUUGAUUACUUCACAGAAAUUUGGAAGCUUAGAGAUCGGCACAUGGUGGAGGGGCUCCCAAGUCAGUACAUUUUCCAGCUCCUACCAUGCUACAAAGAUGUCUGCAUUCACCCAGUCUGCAGAAAAGGUAAACCUGAUAAAGAGCCUGUGUGGUACGCUGGUGGACCACCCCUUUCGUAUCUACCCAUUCCUGUUCCAGACCCAAAGCAUGGUUGGGGACAGCCAUGUGACCGAUGCAAGGGCCUUUGCACCGGCCAUUAUUUAAACCCAAAUGAUCAUGCUGAGUUUGUUGCAAGGAAUGGGACAGACAAAUGCGUAUUUGUCCCGCCAAAAGAUCAGCUGGAAUCAGCGGCCAAGUUAAAGUUUGACAAAAAUGAAGAGUGGACACAGGCAGACUACGAAAACAUCGCCAAGCGUGUGCUUCUUUCUGCUGAAGAUGCUCGAAUUUGGGUAGAACACGUUGUCCUAACAUCAGAGAGAAGAAAGGCUGGGGCUAAGAAAGCUGCUGAAACUAGAGCAAGGAAGAGACAGGAUUGCCAAGGUAAGAUUACAUAUCAAGAGCCAGUAGCUGCUGCUGUAUUGUAA